AAGUUGAGUUUUGAACUCCCACCGCAUCACUGCCCGCCUCCCUGCCGCCCGCCAGGACACUAAUAAUCGACGCUGCCCAUCAAAAUUCCUGUGUACGAUUUUCUUAUUUGGUUUGAUUUCUUAAAUCAUGGAUAUUAACAAUGGUGAUGAAGAGGAAUUUGAGUUCUCGAGGAAUUACUUUCUCGCAAAAGAGAGUUCGGGUAAGAAAUCAACCCGCAAGAUUUCUGAUAUUGAUCUGGUUGAUGAACAGGAGCUGACAGCAGCUGUAGCUAAUAUUGAACCAAAGCAUGAGAAAUAGACUAUUGCUCUUGUGAAUAGUUAUAAGAAGCUAUAUCCCCGAUGGGUUUUUGAGCUCAGGUGUGGUUUUGGCCUUCUAAUGUAUGGAUUUGGAUCUAAGAAGGCUUUAAUUGAAUCUUUUGCUUCAACAGCAUUGGCAGAGUAUCCUGUGGUUGUAAUCAAUGGGUAUCUUCAGUCGAUUAAUCUAAAACAGGUCAUGACAGCCUUAGCUGAAGUGUGGUGGGAUCAGUUGAAAACCAGACAAAGGACUUCAUCGAGGAUUUUACAAAAAGUUCAACAGCCAUUCAAUUCUCGAUCGGUGGAUGAUCUUCUUGCAUUUUUGGAUAAAUCAGAGGCAGAGGAAAAUGAUUCUUUUAUAUGUGUUGUCGUUCAUAACAUUGAUGGGCCUGGGUUAAGAGACUCUGAAAGCCAACAGUAUCUUGCACGCAUUGCUUCUUGUUCGAAUAUCCGUACCAUUGCCACUGUUGACCAUGUCAAUGCACCUCUCUUGUGGGACAAGAAGAUGGUUCACACACAAUUUAACUGGUAUUGGUACCAUGUUCCCACCUAUGCACCAUAUAAGGUUGAAGGAAUCUUCUUUCCUUUGAUUCUUGCACACAGCAAUACAUCCCAGAGUGCCAAAACAGCUGCAAUAGUUUUACAGAGUUUGACACCCAAUGCUCAGAGUGUGUUCAAAAUUCUUGCAGAAUAUCAACGGUCGCACCCUGAAGAAGAAGGCAUGCCUUUUGAUAAUCUAUAUACAAUCUCCAGAGAGCGCUUCCUUGUGAGUAGCCAGGUUACCCUUAACUCCCAUUUGACAGAAUUCAAGGAUCACGAGUUGGUGAAGACCAGAAGGCGUAGUGAUGGCCAAGAUUGUUUAUAUAUCCCUCUUACAAAUGAUUCACUUGAAAAGCUACUUUCUGAAAUCAAUCAAUAGUGUAAUGUGUAUUUGCACCUUACCUAACUACCUAUUGUUCACAGCUUGAAUAGCGUUUACAUGUGUCCUUGGUGUGUGAAUGAAGACUAUGGUUUUGCAAGUAAACUCUGAAUUUAGGCCUAGUAGCAGAUUCUUUUCCUUUGCAUUCAGUUUGGUAAUAUAAUGCCUGCCGGAAUUAUGCACCGUAGAACUGGGUUCCUUUACCAUGGUCGGGUCACCAAUCACCUGCAGCGUCGAGGCCAGCCUAUUUGUAAGCUUAAUCUUGCAGGAAAUUAUAUGUAAUGCGUGAGUUACACUUCGUUACUUUUAAAGAGUUAUAAUGAAUGGGUAAUACACUUGUUUUCAUUA